AUGUACUAUGUUUUUCUCGAAUGUUUUAUUCACAAGUUACGGAACAAGUUGCAACGCUGGAUAACAUACGAGAAUCAUGGGGUAUCUCAGCUAUACGAAGACAACCAAAGUGGGUCUGCAGUGAUCGCAGGAGUUGCAUACGGAGGAUGUGCAAGGAAGAUAGUGCACAAGUUUCUCAGAAAUGUGGGCGAAGAGGAAACGUGCGGUGAUGUGCUGUUGAACCGAAGUAGCAACCAGAUCGAACAUUAUCCUCAUUUUCUCCUCCACGCUGUUUUAGAAGCGAACGUUCUUGUUGAUAGUAUAAAGUGUAGUGUGAAUCAAAAUUUUCAUAUUUCCACUGUCCCGGAAUCUCAUGAACACAUAUAAUGUAGUACAUGUAUUUACAUCUUAUGCCUCCAAUUUAUAAACACUACUGCUCU